GUAAUGUGAAAGAGAUUCCGAUUCCCAUUACCAUUCCACGUCAGAGAUCGUUGGCAUGCGGCAGUUGUUGACUGCGUGGAACUUGUGUGCUCUUCUUUUCCUCUCCCUCGCUUUCUUCCUCUAUUCUCAUUCGCACCCUUCUCCCUCUCCCAUGGCUCAAGAAUCUUCCAAAUCCAUCUACGAUUUCACUGUCAAGGACAUCCAUGGUAACGAUGUGAAUUUGAAUCAAUACACUGGCAAGGUUCUGCUCAUUGUCAACGUUGCCUCCCAGUGUGGUUUGACACAAACAAAUUACAAGGAACUCAAUGUACUCUACAAGAAGUACAAGGAUCAAGGGCUUGAAAUCUUGGCAUUUCCCUGCAAUCAGUUUGCUGGACAGGAACCAGGAAAUAAGGAAGAAAUCCGGGAAGUUGUAUGCACAAAGUUCAAAGCUGAAUUUCCUAUCUUUGAUAAGGUUGAAGUCAAUGGGAAGAAUGCAGCACCACUUUAUAAAUAUUUGAAGGAUCAGAAAGGGGGAAUAUUUGGAGAUGGCAUCAAGUGGAACUUCACAAAGUUCUUGGUAAGCAAAGAUGGUAAGGUCGUUGAAAGAUAUGCUCCAACCACCUCACCUCUCAAAAUUGAGAAAGACAUCCAGAACCUCUUACAGUCUUCUUGAGUUGCAUGAUUUGACUGUCUCAGAGUGAUCAAGCCAACCUUUUCUUCACCCAAAUAUUCUGGUUGUGGCUCAUUACUUCCAAGAGAAAUACUAAUAAUCCCCUUUAUUUGGAACUAGUGUAUUUCAAACACUUUUGUUGAAGGGUUUCCUCUCAAAUGGGUAAGAUUGUUACUCCAAUGGAAACGACAUCAGCUGAUGCUCUACCCUUGUGGUCUUGUGUACAGGUCACAGGAAAUGUCUACAGCGCUUUCAAAGAAUCAGCAGCUUCUCAGUGGAUGUAGUGCUUUAUUGCCUAAUUAUUAUCAUUUUGUAACACAUAUCCUUUGCCUGGAUUAUAAAAUAAGUAUAGUUUGGCACUAUGAUCAUGUCGCCAAAACAAUGUAAUUUGGAUGCAUGUUUAUGUUAAUGUGUAUGAUCCAUAGAUUUAAUCUGUUGCCACCGCUGUUGUGGUGUAGUUACCAACCACAAGCAUUUGUUCCUAUUGAAUUUUCA